ACAUGACUACCGACACCGCCGCUCCGACGAGCCGGAGCAUCACGGGAGUUGUAGUCCCGCUCGCGCUAGCCAGUUCGAGAAGGCGAGGCCUCACCAAAAUACAACUCCCAUCUCGACCCUCGCACGCCGAGCCCCGUCGUCCAAUCUGAAUAUGUGGGAGGAGCGCGUCCGCCCACAAAAGCCACAGCUAUCUCCCUGUAUCCCCCCCUUAAAAAAAUCAAUUGUGCACGAAAAAAAGGGGAACACGCUUAAAAUACCAACACAGGUGACGGUUUGUUUUCGGCGCGCGACGGACAGCGACGAGGCGUCCCCGCGUCGUGCGGCGUGAGAAACAGCGGUGACAGGCAGGAGCUGCGAGGAGGGUGUUGUCCUGAUGCUUAAAUGGAAGUGGGUGGGCCUCUACGGUCACACACUGCCAACUUCUCUGUGGAUAUCACUCUGACAAGCGCCAAUUUGCUCGUUUAUGGACUGUCUAUCCGGUAAAGGAGUCAUACGACGGAUCUGUGAGGUGUCCGGCGGACCGGGGACGGUCACCGCUCUCUCUGUUAUUUCCGUUAUUUGGGGCUGUUUGAUUGUUCCUGCGCUUGGCACCGCCCUUCCUGGCCGGUGGGUGGUUUCGUCAAACGGGCAGAUCCGCCACGGCUCAGAGCCGAACAUAUAGGCCGUCCUCCGCCUGUGUACCCGGCCGGCCUUCUACCGUGAACUACACCCUCUCCCUCUCGGUAUAUUAAUGCGUUAUGAGUGACUCGAAGAAGGAAUCAUCUGGAACUGAAGGAGGGAAAGCAUCUAAAAGGGGGAAAAGUUCUGGAUCACAGGAUUCUUCUCAGCCCUCUCCAUUGGCUCUGCUAGCAGCCACCUGCAGUAAGAUCGGAGGGCAGGGGGGAGCAGAGGGGGCACAGGCCCAAGCAGGGGCCCAGCAGAUCCAGGUCCAGGCUGGUCAGAUCCAGUUGCAGGCGGGACAGAUCCAGGGUCAAAUAGUGGUGGACACGGCUGGGGGUCAGGCCUUAGUGCCCCAGCAGCUAGAACUGGUCCCGGCACAGUUCACAGGGAACGGCUGGCAGAUCAUUACAGCAGCGCCUACUAUGGCCAAGGAGAACACCAGUCAACCUGUUGCUGUGACCGUGGCCACCACCUUGGCUAAUGACAGCUCACCUGGUGGACGUAAGGUAAAGGCAGUAGGUGGGACCAACAGUGUCGCAGCCAAUCAGCAGCAGCAAUUUCAGAUCAUCCAGGUUCAGAACCUGCCCAAUGCUGGAGCAGGAGUCCAGUAUCAGGUCAUCCCGCACUUGCAGACUGCAGAUGGACAGCAGAUCCACAUCAGCCCUCAAACAGCCUCCAUCGGGGCCGUUCCCGAGCAGGUUCAGCUCAUCCAGACUCCGAGUUCGGGCCAGACCCAAGCUAUCAUUCAACCCACCAACCAGCAGGCCAUCCUGACGAGUACAGCCAAUCAGACGGUUCCACUGCAGAUCCGUCCUGCGCAGUCAUUCCCACUUCAGCUGCAGACUCUGCAAGGCUCCCAAACUCCUGUCAUGACCACAGUACCUAUAAACCUUGGUGGCAUGACCCUGGCUUUGCCUGUGAUCAAUAAUGUUGGAGGGGGUGGAGCUGUGCAGCUUAUCCAAUCAGCAGAUGGCACAUUCUCUGUUGCUAAUGGCAACCAGCUGGUGACAACAGCUGUGUCAGGGGCGGCUCCUACCACAGCUGCAGCUGGAUCAACAACAGCAGUAGCCGAAGGCGACAGUGUGCCUGAUGGGGCUCAAGUGGUUUCAGCUGGAUCAGAGGGCGUAUCAGCUGACGCCCAAGUGCAGAGCAGCGAGGCAGACUCUCAAAGCCAGAAUCAGACCAACGGGCUACAGAACCAGACAGACACACCUGGAGCCAUUCAGCAGGUGAUUGUGGGCCAAGUGGGGCACCAGUUGGUGCAGCAGAUCCAGCUGCAGCCCCAGGCUCAGAGUCAGGGUCAGGCACAGGGCCAACAGCAACCUCAGCACAUUCAGACCCUACAGCUGGCUCCAGGACAGACCCUGCAGCCCAUCCAGGCCUUCCCGAACUCUGCCCAGGUCCUUAUUCGUACCCCAACCCUAUCACCCUCUGGGCAGCUCACCUGGCAAACGCUGCAGCUACCCGGUGGAGUCUCCCUGCAGGGUGGUCUCGGGACAGCUGUGCCACAGCAGCUGACGCUGGCUCCGGUGGCUGGUGGGACUGCAGUUGGAAGUGGGGGGCUGGUCUCUCUUAGUGGAGCUCCCUUGACGCUGAGUGCAGCCCAGAUAAACCCCGGGUCAGGUGUGCAGACGGUCAGCAUUGCAGGACUGAGCACAGCUGGGGUCCAGGUGCAGGGCGUACCUCUCACUAUUACUGGUCUACAGGGUCAACCACAGGGUCAGGAUGGGGUCAAAGUUCAGUCGUCUCCGGUGACUGUCACUGUGGGCAAUGUUGCAUCAGGCUCGUCAAUGAGUCCAGACCAGCUGAGCUCCGUGCAAAGUUCUUCAGACCAGGAGGGACCGCCCAGCAAGAGGCUUCGACGUGUUGCCUGCUCUUGUCCAAACUGCAGGGAUGGAGAGGGAAGGAACAGCGGGGAUCCCACAAAGAAAAAGCAGCACAUCUGCCACAUGGAGGGCUGUGGGAAGGUCUAUGGAAAGACAUCCCACCUACGGGCCCACCUGCGCUGGCACACCGGUGAGAGGCCGUUUGUCUGUAACUGGAUCUUCUGUGGCAAGAGGUUCACCCGGAGCGACGAGCUGCAGAGACACCGGAGAACACACACAGGAGAAAAGCGCUUUGAGUGUCCCGAAUGCUCCAAGCGCUUCAUGCGCAGCGACCACCUCUCGAAGCACAUCAAGACCCACCAGAACAAGAAGAGCAGCGCCGCGGUGGCAAUCAUCACGACCGAUGACAUGGAGGAAGACACUCCUGAGGACCUCGUCGCCUCCCCGCAGAUUGUCGCCGUAGCAACACUGUCACGUGACUCUGACCCCGCUACGCCGACCACCUCCAAUCACCUGGAGGAAGAGGAGGAGGAAGAGGAGGAGUUUGAGUAGGCGCCUGCCUCCCGUCCCUUCGCUGGAAGGCUGGCUUCCUGUUUUUUUGGAGGUCUUUGCAAGGACUGUAAGGGGUUACUUUUCUCUUUUUUUUUUCUUCCUUUGUUUUUUAUCUCAAAUUUGACCUUAUUUUGAAAGGGUUCGCUCACGAAGAGACUCUAAAGGGACGGACAGGGAUCCAUGCGAUGAAGGGAAACCUGAAAAAUAUAAACAGUCUAAAUAAAACAAAACUAACGCGUAUAAUAACAAAAGAAAGAAAUUUAGAGUGUAUCAAAGAUUAGUUUGGCAUUUAUAAAAAUUUAAUCUAUUAAUAAUUUCAGGUGUGGCGGGGAAGGGAAUGUACGCAGAUUAGCACAAGACAGGGGACCUGCUGAAUUUGAAACCACCCGACACUGAGAGACAUUUUCCUAAUCACAACAGAACUCUAUGCACAAAAGUUGUGUUCCUGCUUCACACCUGUCAGGCAGUGCUGAGGGUCAAUCAAGGUACAGAGCUGUUGCAGAUCAGUGACAGAACAGGGGCAGUAUUGGGAAGGGGGUGGGUGUAAAUGUGAGCUGUGUGAAUGAGUGUGUACUCCCAUGCUGUCCUGCAGAGGAUCUACCUAAUUUGAGUUUUUAUUCAUAGUUCAGGUUUAAGUCCUCAGAUCAGAUUCAGGUGUUUGAUUCUUUUGCGAUCAGAUGACGAAUAUAGGGGGAUAAUUCUAAGAAAAGAAAAAAAACAAGAAGAGUAGGGGAGGAAAAAAAGCACAUAUAAAAAAAGAUUUAUAAAAUGCAUUCCUAUUGAGGCACAGUGGCCAUUAGAAAAAAAAGGGUUUCUAUAGAGAAAAACAAUCUAGCUUUCUACAACUUUGUUUGUGUAGUGAAAGCAAUACUGUAACAAUGACAAUCCUAGUGAAACCAUGUUUACAUUGUCAGGGGAAGUUUUCUCUUGUUAAUACAACAAGCCAGUUCGAUUAAGGGAGGCGUCGAGAAGCAGCGCCGUAGUCCGGAUGACCUGGUACCACAGGGUGGCUUUGACAUCACGGCUGCACACUUCACGCCGCCACGCAUUUGAAGGUUUUACAACAUCAAACGAAACAACACGGCACGGUCGGCGUAACUGUGGUGACAGCGUUGCUUUCUUUUCUUUUCUUUUCAAAUUUUUUUUGCUUUCUGUGCUCUGGUGACCGCCCCUCUAAACCUCUAAAUCCCCCACCCCGCUACAUGACCGAUGUACCACAAUUGCCUUAACACAAGCUGUCGUACAGAGUUAUCUCCGGAGUGAGCCGGACGGAGUCAGAGGGGAGCUCUCCGGACUUGUAAGAGGGUGACGCAGAGGGCAAACCAAAGCACAGGCAGGUAUAUACAUAAGACGGAGCUGUUGGGUGGGAGUCGGUCAGGCCGUUUAGCUACGUGGAUAUUACGAAAUGUUUUCUGGUGGUGUUUCUCUGUGUUAGUUCAGUGCGUAUAUUCAUUUUAAAUUAAAAAAAAUAAUAAUAAGAUGCUUUUAUUUGAUAAAAUUUAUAAAUUCUUUUAACUCCCCCACCCCUCCUUAAGUAUGUUAACACACAGGACCCCCACUGUGUAUGGCUAAUUUAUUAUUUAUCCUUGAUUUGUAAUAUUUGCCUUUUUGCUGGAGUUGUAUUUGUGUGCGUUGACUCUGAGGUUGUGUACAGCAUGUUUCAGUUCUUUGCCGUAGUGCUGCUUCUCUCUUCUUUAUUCUCUGUGCUUCAGGUUUUUUUUUCGUUUUUUUUCUUUCUACGUCUGACCAUCGCUGUUCAUUUCUUCUUCUGUUUUUUUUCUCUCUGCGCCAUAACGUGUUUUUGGAGAAAAAAAAUCAACAAACAAAGAAGAAGAAAGCAAAAAAAAAAAAAAAAAAGAAAAAGAGAAAAAAGGAAGAAAAAAAAUAAAGUUACUAUUGUUUAAAGCUGAAAAAGGUUGAUACCAAACAAAUUUAGAUGUUUUUUGGUAAUAUUUUGUGUGACGACUUCUCUUUUUUUUUCUUUCUUUGAUAUUUUGUAGUGACAUCUCAUUUGUAAAUCUUUUUCUAAAGAUGUUUGUUCGUCUCCAUGACAUUUGAUAAUGGGUUUUUUGGCAGGUCAGCCUCAAAGGCUCCAGUUUAUUGAUAUUUUUAAAACUGGUUUGUACAAAUGUGUUAUGUCAACAAAAAACAAAAAAAGGGAAAAAAAAAAUUACAAGCAGAAAAGAUGCUUUGCCUGCAUAACACUUGACAAUAAAGUGAUUCUUAAAGUGAG